UGAAAGAGGCAGAAAGUUGUUUGAAUGAAAACUGACUCCGAACUGUGUUUUGAGAAUUCAAAAUUAAAUUUUAUUUUUUUAGUCAUCUUUCAAAAAGAGCCUCACGUGCCUGAAAACUGUGCCACAGCUGGUUUACAAAUCAUUUUGCUUUGCUGUCAGGAGGCAGCAGCUUUGAGAGUUGAGCUGAGAUGUCUGAAAGGUGGAACUCUUUUGACCAUGAAAUAUGUUCUCUUUACAUGCCGCAGUCUCUCCAAGUUCUGUGCAUUAGGGUCAGGGAUUCCAUUCGUCCUGGAGCUGAGCGAGCAGCCAGCAGGAGGAACCAAAAUGGGUUGAGAUGGUGACUCAGUCAACUUCGUUUCCACUCAUCCCCAGAGUCAGCCUUCCUUUCUCCUGAGGCAGGCUGAUAGGAGUUUAAAAGGCUUGUGGUGGCCCUGCCCUGAGCGUUCCCAGCGCCAGCAGCGACCCCUCUCUUUCACCUCUGCCUAUUGGAGACCACUUAGAUAUCGAAGCGGACUGGACGGCUGGAUUCAGGAAGCCAUGAAUCAUGUCACCAGAAACAAGCGGCAGACUUUAAACUCCAUUCAGCAUGUGGAAGCAGCAGAGAAAUGACCUGUCCAGACAAGCCGGGGCAGCUCAUAAACUGGUUUGUCUGCUCCCUGUGCAUCCCUCGAGUGUGUAAACUCUGGAGCAGCCGGCGUCCCAGGACCAGAAGGAACCUGCUGCUGGGCACUGCCUGUGCCAUCUACCUGGGCUUCCUGGUGAGCCAGGUUGGCAGGGCCUCUUUCCAGCAUGGGCAGACCACUGAAAGGGGGGCACCCCACAGCCGCGACAUCUCCAAGGUACUCUUUCCGGAGAUCCCCCUGGAUGGUACCCUGGCCCCUCCAGAGUCGCAGGAUAAUGGCAGCACACUGCAACCCAACGUGGUGUACAUUACCCUACGCUCCAAGCGGAUCAAGCCUGCCAAUAUCCGUGGCACGGUGAAACCCAAGCGCAGGAAGAAGUAUGCAGUGGUAUCUGUGGCCCCUCGUCAGGAGGCGCUGGUUAAGCCAUCUUUUAUACUGCAGGAAGUCGCGCAGGCAGCAGAUGCUGAAGUACCUGGCUAUGCUCAGGGUUAUCUGACUAAGGUUGGGGAACGACCCUGGAGGGUGCUGCGUGGUCCUGGAAUCAGAAGUGGUGUUUCAAACUUGCGGCAGCCUAGGGCUCGAGAGAGCAACAUACGGAUUUACAGUGAGAGCGCCCCCUCAUGGCUGAGCAAAGAAGACAUUCGCAGAAUGCGCCUGCUGGCUGAUGGUGAGGUGGCUAGCAUCCUGCCAGCAGUCUCUAAGAGUGGUGCCCACUUGCUGGUGUUGGAAGGGAGCACUUCAGGCUCCGUGCCUGGGUGUGGGCCUAGUCCCUGUGGGUUACUCAAGCAGCCUCUGGACAUGAGUGAAGUGUUUGCCUUCCACCUGGACAGGAUUCUGGGUCUCAAUAGGACCCUGCCAUCCGUGAGCAGGAAAUCAGAGUUCAUCCAAGAUGGCCACCCUCGUCCUAUCAUUCUCUGGGACUCAUCUCUAGCAUCUGCAAGUAACGAUAGCCAUUCUUCUGUUAAGAUCACCUGGAAAACAUAUCAAAAGUCGCUAAAACAGAAGUGCUGGCUGAAUGGCCGGGUUCCCAGACCUGAGUGGGGCUGCACUGAAAUCCAUCACCACGAGUGGUCCAAGAUGGCUCUCUUUGAUUUUUUGUUACAGAUUUAUAAUCGCUUAGAUACAAAUUGCUGUGGAUUCAGACCUCGAAAGGAAGAUGCCUGCAUACAGAAUGGACUGAGGCCAAACUGUGAUGACCAAAAUUCUGUGACUUUAGCACACAUUAUCCAGCGAAAGAAUGAUCCAAGGCAUUUGGUCUUCAUAAACAAUAAGGGCUUCUUUGACAGAAGUGAAGACAACUUAAACUUCAAAUUGCUAGAAGGCAUCAGAGAGUUUCCCGACUCUGCAGUUUCAGUUUUGAAGAGCCAGCACUUACGACAGAAGCUCCUUCAGUCUCUGUUCCUUGAUAAGGUUUACUGGGAAAGUCAAGGAGGCAGGCAAGGCAUCGAGAAGCUCAUUGAUGUGGUAGAGCAGAGAGCCAGAAUCCUUGUCACUUACAUCAAUGCACAUGGUGUCAAAGUAUUACCUAUGAACGAAUGACAUAGGGCUUCCUGCCUCAAGGGCUAUACAUGUGUGACUUUUUUUGCUUUUCUUAAGAAAGUAUAUGAACCUUAAGUGUUUCUAGGAGUGAGGCAGCAUAGUUGACUACACAAAACUGACCCAAUAUAUAUCAUGAACUGAGCUUAAAAAGUUUGCAGAGUUUAAAGAUAUGCAGAUUCAAGAAGUAUUGGAAUAACAUAUUGUUUGCAAAAUGCCCAAUGAUAUUUUUUGCCUAACACUCUGGCAUGUGUAUCUCAGCAUUGUUAUUACACGUUGGUCCCAAUUAUUAUUCCCACUAAUGUUAAAACCAUUUUCAUGCCAUUUGAUGGAGUGAUAUAAACCAGAGGCAUUGACUCUUCUCAGAAACUGUUGUCAUGUCAUUUGACCGAUUGGCCAGCUCCUAGCAGAGAGUUAAUUGACAUUUUCCUGAUGCUGAUCAUUACAAUAGUUUUUCCAACCCUAUUCAGAAGCAAUCCCACACCAGCAAAUUGGGCAUGGGGGUGUGAAAGCAGCAGAGCCUUGAAACAGCUUCUAAGUAGACAUGGCAGUAGAUUCAUUUACAAACAACCAGUGUAUUUUCUAGUCUAUAAACAAGCAGCUAUCUCUGAUCAACCAAAAUCUCAUGUCUAUUCCUUUUAAGAAAUUUACUGUCGGCAUGGAAAUAUCCAUAUGUAACAAUGGAUUAUUAGUUUGCUCUGUUAAUUUUGAUUCAAUUUAUGUCUGGUGAUAAGAAAACUAAAUAGUUAUAAGGCAUGAUGUUACCUAUUUGAAUUUUUUUGUGGAAUCUGUUAAUGUUCUUAUGGGUUGGUUGGUUGGUUGGUUGGUUGGUUGGCUUUUUAAAAAAAUUAUAAGAUCUCAUAUAGUCCAGGCUGGCUUUGAACUCCUUAUGUAUCUGAGGAUCGCCUUGGCCUUCUGAUGCUCAUCUCCCAAGUGUUGGGAUUACAAAUGAGUGCCACCAUGCCCAGAAGUGCUUGAGCUCAAACUCAGGGCUUCAUUCAUGCUAGAUAGGUGCUAUAUGAUUAAGCCCAUAACCCUAGCCCCCUUUAAAUGACUGUUUAGCAAAUUGUCAUUUUAUAAAGGAUAUGCUAUAAUUUCUGUAGUUUUUUUAAUUAUAGAAAACUUCUUUUGUGUAAUUAGGUUUCAUCUGAUUUCACUGUUGUUAUCUAGGCAUUGAUGACAAGUUCAGAUAGUAAAUAUAUUAUGUAGAUCAAUUCAAUAUGAGAAGUUUCAAUGAAACCCAAACCACAUGACUGUAUCUUUUCAAGAAAAGCAUAUGACUAGAGAACAUGUGGCAAGAAAUUGGGGCAAAAUUAAGUCUCAAAUAAUUCUCUCCCAAAUCCCUCUACCAACUAUUUAGAUGGAUUGGAAGGAUUAAGACUUACAAUGUUCAUGCUCUGAAUCUUCCUGUCCUUGGGAAAUCUGCAAGGUUGUCCCAUAUUCUACUUAUAUGGAGGCUUCGAAUCUAGAACAAAUUAUUUCUCUCUCACAUUGAGCUCUCUUACCUUAUUUACAAGCGGAUUGAUUAGCCAGAUGUGGAGAUGUAUACCUGAAUUCCCAGCUCCCAGGAAGCUGUAGAAGGAUUGCAAGUUUGAGGUCAGUCUGGUCUACAUAGUGAUAUCCUGUCUGAAAUGUACCCCUCCCUUCAUAAAAGCUGAUUUACUGACUUUUUCGUUCUUUGGAAACUUAAAAAUAAAAAAGUUACAAAUUUUUAUCGUA